AGCGCUGUGCGGUGUGGGGAGGAGAGGAGCUCCGCCGCCUCUGCCGCCCGUUCUGGCUCCUUUUGCCUUCUCCUCGGCGGAGAGGAGUCCGCCAUGCACCCGGUUUUCCAGAGCAGCCGGCGCGACUUCACCUUCGGGCCGUGGAAGCUGAGCGCCGCCCGCACGCACAUCAUGAAGUCGGCGCAGGCCGAGAGAUUGGCCGAUGAAUUACACAUGCCUUCCCUGCCAGAAAUGAUGUUUGGAGACAAUAUCCUAAGAAUACAGCAUGAUCAUGGUUUUGGAAUUGAGUUCAAUGCUACAGAUGCUUUAAAAUGUGUCAAUAAUUGUCAAGGUAUGAUCAAAGUCGCUUGUGCAGAGGAGUGGCAAGAGAGCAGGAGUGAGACUGAGCACACUAAGGAAGUUGUCAAGCCGUAUGACUGGACUUACACAACAGACUACAAAGGGACGUUGCUGGGAGAUACUGCAACAUUAAAGGUUGUUCCUACAACAGAACACAUAAAUACAGAGAAAUUGAAAGCCAGGGAACAAAUUAUGUUUUUUGAAGAAGUACUUCUGUUUGAAGACGAGCUUCAUGAUCAUGGAGUAUCAAGUUUGAGUGUAAAAGUAAGAGUUAUGCCUUCCAGCUUUUUUGUGCUGUUGAGGUUUUUCUUGCGAGUUGAUGGGGUACUUAUCAGGAUGAAUGAUACGAGGCUUCAUCAUGAGGCUGACAAGACCUACAUGUUGCGAGAAUACACAUCCAGAGAAAGCAAAAUAUCAAGUUUAAAGCACGUUCCACCUUCCCUGUUCACAGAACCUAACGAGAUCUCUCAGUAUCUACCCAUAAAGGAGACAAUCUGUGAAAAAUUAGAAUUCCCAGAGAAGCUGGAGCCUAAACCAGAAGAAUCACUGGAAACCAUGUGUGUUAAGUCUAAUAAAUAAAUGUGACUUUAUAUGGACUUGAAGUAGACUGGAGAUGAUGUGAUCACGUAUUCGUUGCCAUGGGGGGUAUUUCACUAAUAGUGGAAUGAAGAAUUUGGCUAAUUUUUCUGUAGCCUUAAGAGAAAACAUUUCAAGCAGGUUUUGCUAAUGGUGUUUUUUGGUUGUUUUUUUUUAACCUGUAUCUGGAAUUGAUGAUAAGCUGGUGGUGAGUGAUAAUUUUCAAUGGCACUGGAGAAAUGACUAUUAAGAGUCUGGGUUCUGUUUAGUUCACCAAGUAGGCAGGAGUAUUUUCUGGACCCUCCACCACUAACACUUUUAUGAAGAUUUUGUUAUUGCUGCUUCAGAUAUUAAGAGAUUACUGGCAUUGUAAAGUUGGCAUGAUUUAUUUUUAUUGAGAAAUCAUCCACAGUAAAAAGAAAAAGAAAAAAACUCAUCUGCAUUUAUUUUGAUCUGACAGUCCUAAACUACACAUUUUGCUUGGCUUCCCCUACUGUGAGCUGAUAACCAACUGUUACUCUCUGAUCCAGAGUCUCACCUAAGAAUAUGCAUUUCAUCUGAGGAUAGGUUUAGGGAUGGGGGGAAAAAAUGGAUUUGUUUGACACUAUAUAAAGGUAAAAUGACUUUCUUUGUAAAGCAGUUAAUUCUGAUGUCAGACAGAUUUCUCUAGACAGUUCUGGAGACUCUCAGUUGGGGUCUGGAUGCUGCUCCAGUCACAUACAAUAUUGGACAUGCAUUGUUCUGCACUGACCAUUUGUUGGAUGCACUGAAUGGUGCCUACAUGUGAUGGUUAUACUGCCCUGAAAGUCAAAUUGCCAAAUUGCAGCGUGGGUUGAGGCUGCGGAAGACAGGGGUGUUUAAUCUGUAAUCCCUAAAGGAUGCUGUAUUUGGAGUUUGACAAAUGAGAUCCUGUAUGGCCUUAAAAGGAUGCUAAUGUGUUCCAGAUACGUAAUUUUGGUUUAUUAUAAAAUUCUUUAAGUUUUAAUAUUAAUAGCAUUGUGAUCACUUGUAUAGUAUGGUUUUAACACUUUGUAGAUUAAACUUAAAUAUUUGUGUUGCUUUUGGAAAUCCUACAGUCUGUUAAUGGUUUGGCCUAAGAAUGGGGCAGCUGAGCAGGCUUGUCUCAGUGUACUGCUGACUCUCAGUGCAAGAAGCAAGUCACUGCAGUGAAAAGCAGGCUGUGGUUUAAGGUGAUUACAGAUGAGUAUGCAUUCUGAUGUCUUGGGGGUUUAGUUUAAAAAUGUUCGUAUUUUACACUGCAUGACUUAAUGGAAACAACUCACCUCAAAACCUGGUAUUUAAGCAGAUCUUCAGAGAAAUGGUUUUCAUGUAGAGAAGACCCUGAGGUUUUUAGGAAAGAAACCCCAGUCUACUGCCAUGUAAGGGACUGUUUUCUUGGUGUCCUGUGUCACUGAUUUACUCCAACUACGGGGAAGACACUUCUCUGUGCCUCCGUUCCCUGUAUGUAAAAAUGAGAGUUAAUAUAUGCCUACCUCACAGAGAGUCUGUGGGGAUUAGUUUGUAAAAAGUUAUCGAUUAGAAUUUAUUUUUUUUUCUGAAUACACCUUCAGCCUUAUCUUUGGAAUCCUUUGGAAAGGAUUACUGCAAAAUAUCUUAUGAUCCAUAGGAUAAAAUGAGUGAAGAAAACUGAAAUUAAACAGUCUCUGAAAGAAAUUGUCAUCCAGACAUGGUCUGUGUGACUGAAUUUAUGGCCACUUUGAAAUAGAGGUGAGAUCCUCUAUAUUCCCUAUUACAGUCCUAUAUUCUGUUGGCGUUUUUUCAUCUUCCAGCAUUGUUUCCUAAAGAUUCUGAUGUCAGGGUAAAGAAGGGGGCUGCAAAUAAAUGCAGCAUGGAAGUGAUUAAAAUUCAUUUGCUAAUAGAAGAUGAUUUGGGUCCGCUCCAGUGAUAGAGGAGUACGGGGAGAGAGUGAAAAGGAAGGGAACAGCAAAUGGGGGUGAAGAGGUAUUUUUCUAGUAGAAGUAAAUCAUGGCACUUCUUUUACUCUAAGCAUAUAUUAUUUUACAUGCCUUAAAGCUUAUAAAAACACACUUUAAAGCUGGUAAUGACUGAGAGCAGAGCUCAUGUAGUGCUAGCAUGAAGGAAACUAUAUCUGCAUUAAUUAAUUAAAACUGUGAUUCAGGUUUGGUCAGUGAUGCUAAUGUAAGCUCCGUUGGGCUAAAACGUGUUGGGGGGAAAACCCACAGAGCGGACAGCAAGCACUGAAAAGGGCACUCUGCAUGUUUAGCUUAUACUGUGUAUUUUAUCUUGUCCAUCAUACACUCUAAUCUGUGACGUUUUGAUACAGUUUUAUUGAAUGGGUUUGUAUCCUGACUAUGUAGAUAUGUGAUAUCCAUCUAUUUUGGGUGCAUUUAAGUGGAACCACACGUAUUGGGGAAAUUACAGGAACAUGUUUAGGAAGUUACAGUUACUACAAGUUCAAAAUUGGAGCACUUUGUGACUUUCUUAUGCCACACAGAUUACCAAGAAGCAGCGGCAUAAGCUGGUGUACCGUGAGCCUGCUGGCACAAAAUUUCCACAGAAAAGUACCACUUUGGAGGGUACCACUUUUAGGGGGAGGGAGCAGGGGGGGAUUCUCCAGCUGUUUUGUGGCGAGUCUAAUGUGGCAGUUUAUAUUGUUUCUUGUAUGUUGCGAACUAAAAUGUACCAAAUGUUUUAUAGUUUUGUUUUUAACUGAGCAAAAUAAACUGAAAUAACCGCUUGUGAUGCUGAA